AUGCUUACAGAAGCGGUUGUGCUGAUUUCCGCUACGCAAGCCGCGUUUAGCGCAUUGAAAGCGGAUGGGUCCGUUGUAACCUGGGGCGAUCCAGAGUUUGGAGGUGAUGCUGGUGAGGCAGGGCCAUUGCUACAAUUUGGAGUCAAGCUACUUUCAGCCACGUAUGGUGCAUUUGCAGCCGUGAAGGAAGAUGGCUCCGUGGUGACCUGGGGCAAAGAAGAGAUGGGCGGGAAACAGUUCGGAUGUGGCAGCCGACUCCUACAAGGUGUUUGCAAUAUUUGCAGCACUUACGGGGCAUUCGCUGCCACAAAGGAAGAUGGCUCGGUGGUGGUGUGGGGUGAUUCAGCAUGUGGCGGUGAUUCUUUUGGGCUGGAACUUCGAAAUGUUUCGCAGAUAUGUGCCACAUACAGUGCAUUUGCGGCCGUUACAGCAGCAGAAAUUGGUGCUACCGUCGUGACUUGGGGUGACCCAGACUGGGGCGGAGAUUCUGCUGUGGCACAGGAGUUACAAGACGUGGUGCAGGUGUGCAGCACCUAUGGAGCAUUUGCUGCCUUGAGAGGAAAUGGCUCUGUCGUGACAUGGGGUGAUCCGGCUUGCGGUGGUGAUUCUUCUGCAGUUGCCAAGAGGAUAAGAAAGCACGUGAUUCAGAUUUGCAGCACUUAUGGAGCGUUUGCUGCAACAAAAGCAGAUGGUUCUGUGGUGGCAUGGGGAGACGCAGACUGGGGAGGAGAUUCUUCCCAUGUUCAAGACCAGCUGUACAUGGUUUCAUAUGUUUGUGGUACUUUUCGUGCAUUUCUGGAGCUUCGUGCCAACGGCACCUUCCUUCUGGGAGAUGAUGCAUUCGAUAGCAGUGACGAGAGUUAUGAUGGGCUUUUGGUGGGCGUAGUGUCACUGAGUGGCAGUGGGGGGCGCUUUUGCAGCCACGAAGGUAGAUGGCUCGGUUGUGACAUGGGGUGA